AUGCUGCAAAAUUCUCAACAAGAUAUUGACGCUCCUUCCAAUCCGGGUGGUAUGAAUCAUCAAUUGCCUCAAUCGACAAAUCCACAACAGCAACAGCCUCCAUUUCCUCAACACCAACAACAGCACCACUUCCCUGCACCAGAUUGUACUAUUUGGAUGGGUGAUCUAAGCCCUGAUUGGGAUGCUAGUUAUAUUCGUGAAGCUUUUGGACAGUACGGGAAGGAUAUUGUUAAUGUGAAGAUGGUGACUACUGACCAAGGAGCCAGGAAAGCUACUUAUUGUUUUGUUGAGUUUUCCAAUGAAGAUUCUGCUCGUGAUGCUCUUUUGGAUGUUAAUGGGAAACCGUUUCCAAAUGACCCGUCGGGAAGAGCACGUUUUAAUCUUGCAUUUGCCAACUCUCCACAUCAAAUGUCUGUUGAGGACAACCAACAAUUUGUCUCCAAACAAACCAUUUGUUUCCAUAAGCAGACUCCAACAAAAACUUUAUCUCCUAGUGUUGAUGAUGCUUCGCUUUUUAGGUUAUUUGGAGAACGCUAUCGCUCUUGUCGUGGUGCUAAAGUCUAUCGAAACGAGGAAGGGUAUUCUAAAGAACAAGGAUUCGUUCGAUUCACAUCCGAGACUGAUCAACAAAAGGCUUUGCCACUGCAAUCGUCCUCACCAAACGUAUCCUCACCACCAAUGAAAAAGAAAAUGGCACCAUUAGUACCUCCAAAACCUGUAUCCUCUUCAAAAGACAAAUUCCGGCCUAUAACACCAACAGAAACAAUAAUUGGAUCGCUUUGGGAUGAUAUUAACCGAGAACUGGAAAAAUACAAAGAAGAGAGGAAGAAGCAAAAAUCUGACCCUAAUUUAAGCCCAAAAAGUCAUCUAAGCACAACAAGUUCUUCAGUUUCAACAAUUUCUAAUUUUAACAACAAACAGGAUGUGGAAGGGGAUUCUCUUUUUCAUGGAAAAAGACAACAUUCGUUUGGCGUUGAUGAGGAUAAAUCUGACGAUUUGAAUUUUUCAAUUUCUUCAAAAACAGGCAAAUUAAUUACUAAAGUGGAUUCACUCAUUUCCAAUGAUUCGAGCAUCGACCUACAAUCUCAAAAAUCUCAGCAAGAAGUCCAAGUUAAACGACUGCAUGAUAUGAUUGUUGUUCAACAAGACCAAAUCUGCCAAGCCUCUCGGGCUUUGGCCUUUUGUCGUCAAAAUGAUCAAUUUCGUGGUGGGAGAGAAGAGAUUGAUGCUCAACGUGCUCUUUUAAUUGCAACAGAACGCCGCCGUGCAUUACUUUUGGAACGAGAUCGGAUCAUGACUGGUAAACAACUCCAACAAACUAAUGCUUCAACAACUGAACCAAAAGGAACUUUAAUUAUCUCCUCUAUUUCAAUUAGACUUUCGAGGGAAUACGUAAAUAAUUGUGCUCAUGGCGGUGCUUCUUCUAUCAACCGCUAUUAUUUCAUUAUUUUACUCAAAUGUGGUGAACUUGUUUUACAUACUUCUCUAGCGUCGAGUGAACAAGGAAUAAAAAGUGGAUUUAUUGAAUUUACUCAUUAUAUACCUAUAGAAGGGUUGACCCCAGACUUUGUUUGUGAAUUGGAAAUUUAUUCUUUGAAGGCUUCCCAAGAAAAAGACGCGUCAGACCGCAGUGCUCGUAGCAAAAAAGGAACGUGGCGGCGUAUGGUUAUCAGCACGCCGCUUAAUGCAUAUUCCAACACUUUCAGUUUGUUUAUUUUUUUUUGAAUUUAUUUUGGACUUUAAAUAGGAUGGGACCUUCAAAGGCUUAAAAAUUUUACUUUGUAUUAAGGUGUAUUUUAAAUGGUGAGAUAUUUUUGACCAAGGGCGUAGCCAAGGGGUCGAUUUCUGG